UCCUUUCACGGACUCUCUCUCUUCUUCAUCUUCCAAAAAAGAUAAGGUCUCUUUCUCUAUCUCUCUCACAGUGCUGUGUGCACAGAAAUGGCGGAAGCCUCUAGAAUAUUCCAAACCACGCUACUCCCUACAUUCUCUUCUCUCCAAAAACCACGCUUAGUCUCUCACCACCCACCAAAUUUAGCACACAAAAAAUACCAAACAAUUCACUGUUUAUCAUCAUCAGUUUCAACAAGUGACGACAUCACUACUGCCAAAGCAGCAACAACCGUGACCCAGAUGGUACCGUGGGGCUGUGACAUAGAUUCUUCAGAUAAUGCGGCAGCCCUGCAAAGAUGGUUGUCUAAUAAUGGUUUACCUGAUCAGAAAAUGGCCAUAGAUAAAGUUGAAGUAGGAGAGAGAGGCUUAGUUGCUUUGAAGAAUAUUAGGAAGGGUGAGAAGUUGCUCUUUGUGCCUCCUUCCCUUGUUAUUACUGCUGACUCUGAAUGGAGCUGUCCGGAGGCUGGUGAAGUUUUAAAACAGUAUUCUGUACCAGAUUGGCCUUUACUUGCUAUUUACCUGAUCAGUGAAGCAAAUCUUCAGAAAUCUUCAAAAUGGAGUAAUUACAUCUCAGCACUUCCUCGACAACCCUACUCGCUUUUGUACUGGACACGUGCAGAACUAGAUAGAUACUUGGAAGCUUCACAGAUCAGAGAGCGAGCAAUUGAAAGAAUUACCAAUGUUAUCGGAACAUACAAUGACUUACGGCUUAGAAUAUUUUCAAAGUAUCCUGACUUAUUUCCUGAAGAGGUAUUUAAUCUGGAGACUUUCAAGUGGUCAUUUGGCAUUCUUUUUUCUCGUUUGGUUCGUCUACCCUCAAUGGAUGGAAAAGUUGCCUUGGUUCCCUGGGCAGAUAUGCUGAAUCAUAGUUGUGAGGUUGAGACCUUUUUGGAUUAUGAUAAAUCAUCACAAGGAGUUGUCUUUACAACAGAUCGACAGUACGAGCCAGGCGAGCAGGUGUUCAUAUCAUAUGGAAAGAAAUCUAAUGGAGAGCUAUUGCUAUCAUAUGGAUUUGUUCCAAGGGAGGGCACUAAUCCUAGUGAUUCAGUAGAAUUGUCAUUGUCUCUGAAGAAAUCUGAUAAAAGUUACAAGGAAAAGUUAGAAGCUCUUAAGAAGCAUGGUUUUUCAGCAUCUCAAUGUUUUCCUGUUCGAGUGACUGGUUGGCCAGUGGAGUUGUUGGCAUAUGCUUAUUUGGCAGUCAGCCCUCCAAGUAUGAGUAGCAAGUUUGAAGAGCUGGCUGCAGCAGCAUCAAAUAAGACAACCAUCAAGAAGGAUGUUGGGUUCCCAGAAAUUGAGGAACAGGCAUUGCAAUUCAUAUUGGAUAGUUGUGAGUCGAGUAUAUCAAAAUACACUAAAUUUUUACAGGCAAGUGGAUCAAUGGAUUUGGAUGUAACAUCACCAAAGCAGCUUAAUAGAAGAUUGUUCUUGAAACAGCUAGCAGUAGACUUGUGUAACAGCGAGCAGAGAAUACUAUUUCGUGCUCAAAAUGUACUGCGACGAAGAUUGAGGGAUAUAAGGAGCGGUGAACUGAGAGCUCUAAAGAUUUUUGAUGGGUUCAGAAACUGGUUUAAAUGAGCGUUGUAAAUAUUGUAUUUAGCAUAUCUAGCUCAUUGAGUGACCAAGCGCCAGCUUAGUGCAUAUCCACUGCACUUCUUCCUUAGGAGUUCAAUCAAGCCAAAUAUGAGAAGUUGAGGCCAGAGGCCUGUGACAUUAAAGGAAGUGGAUAUUAGACAUUUGCGUUUCUUGUAGCUGAUCUUGAGUCUGUCUGUCUGACCAUUGUUACUAAUUGUACUAAGGUCUAUGUUUUCUGAAACGCCAUUCCAAGAACUUGCACUACUGCUGUCUCUCCAUUUUCAUUUCCAGACUUGUAAUGAGACCUUGAAUAUGAGCUCUGCAUUCUAUAUUUUUAUCUUGGUAUAUCAUUAAGAAAGAUGAGUUGUUAUACUCAUGGUUUGGAUAA